AUGGCUGACCAAUCUAUCAUACGGAUCACCAAGGAACUGAGCGACAUCCAGAAGAACUCCGAUUUCUCGCUUGCCGUCGCAUGUCGCGAUACCGAUGUCCGAAACGUCACGGCCCUGAUUAUUGGUCCCCCGGAAAGCCCAUACGAGUUUGGUUUUUUUGAGUUUUGUCUCAAGUUCAGCAAAGAAUACCCGCGCAAGGCGCCUUCCGUCACGGCGAUCACGACCAACGGUGGUCGGUCUAUUCUUGGAACAUGGCGCGGCGAGCGAGGCGAAGAGUGGUCGGCUGCCCAGGGCCUUGAAUCGAUCCUGCUAUCGAUCCAAAGCUUGAUGUCCCCCAACCCGUACGAAAACGAGCCGGGCUUUGAGGAGGCAAACGAGGAAUCGGACAAGAAGAACCAAAAAGAAUACGUCCAAAAGAUCCGACACGAAUCGCUUCGGAUUUCUGUCAUUCAGCGUAUGGAGGAGUUUCUGGGCAUCGGCACCAUCGGCUACGGCAGCCGAACGUCAGACGCUUUUUCUCGGCCAGCGUAUCCAGCUAUCGACAUGGAAGGGCUUGACGAUGCUGCGGUGCCGUUCGAGCCAUUCAAGGACCUCUGCAAGCGGCGGUUUCUGUGGUACUUUGACUCGUACAUGAAUGCGGUACAGAAGGGCAAGGAUGAGGUUCCCGACAACCAGCCGUUUGUACGCAUGCCAUUUGAAGGAAUUAGCAACAUCAUGGAAGGCAAGUUUAACUACACAGAUCUAGAGUGGCGGCUCAACGCAGUGAAGACGGCGCUGGACGACGAGACGACGCAAUGGGCGGCGACAGGCAAAACUGCGCAAGACCAGGAUGCCACAGUGGCAGUGAAUUUGCAGCGGCAGUUUGAACAGGUGGUGGAGGCGUUCAAGCGCCACGGAAUACCGCACAAUAUUGAGCUGGAGGACGGCAACCCAUUUGUCUGGAUGGUGACGUAUUUUGGCAAGCCGAUGACGAACCUGGACGGCGGCCUGUUCCGGUUCCGACUGCACAUGAGCCCACGGUUCCCGGAGGAGCAGCCACGGGCGCGGUUCGAAACCCGCAUUUUUCACCAUCGCAUAGCGGCAGACGGUACGCCGUGCUAUGUGGUGACACCGAACCGGCGGGAAGACAUCAAGUCCCAUAUUGAGGCGAUCAUUGACACGCUGGAGGAGGAGAACCCGCGGUACGACCCGAGGGCACUUGUGAAUCCCGAGGCACACAAGCUUUACUGGGGAUCGGCAGAGGACCGCAAACUUUACAACCGGCGGCUGCGGCGGACAGUGCAGCAAUCAGUGGAGUAA